AUAAUUAUAUUGUAUUAUAGAUUUUUUUUCAGAAUUAAGUAAAUCAUGAAAAUCACUUUCAUUAUCAAAAAGUUAUUUUACAGUGAAGGUUCGGCACCAUUGCCAAUUAGGAUUUGUUUUGUAUUGUUUACAAUUACACUUUUUAAUGCUGUUUCUAUGACAUCAGUUUUCUCAUAUCUUCCUCGCCUUGUCAAGGACUUUGGUUCCACUGAAAUUGAUGCAGGAAGAAAAUCUGGAAUUAUUGCAUCAGCCAUGUUUAUUUCCAGAAUAUUUAGCAGUUUAUUAUGGGGUUACGUCUGUGAUAAAUGUGGAAAAAAGUUAUCUCUUUUAUUGUCUGGAGGAUGCGUUGCAAUAUCAACACUUAUGUUUGGAUUUUCAUUUAACUACCCCUGGACUGUAGUAACAAGAUUUUUGCAGGGUUUUUCGAUGGGAAUUAUGGUGAUUACAAAAGCUUAUAUGUCAGAUAUUUGUGAUGACAGUAACCUAGCUACUGGUAUGGGUGUAAUAUUCUCAGGCUACAAUAUAGGACUAGUUAUUGGCCCCAGUAUGGCUGGAUUUUUAGUUUUCCCUGUUGAGAAAUAUCCUAAAGUUUUUAGAAAAGAUUCCUUCUUUGACAGAUUCAAAAUAUUUAUUCCAAACUUUAUUAUUGUAAUUGGAAUGACUUUAGCAUUGCUUGCUUCUAUUUUUGUUCUUCCAAAGAAAACUAGCGUUGACAGGGAUUCGUUACUUAUUGAAGAUAAAAAGGACUCUUCUAUGUUCAAUGUUGAUGCAUAUCUCAAUUGUUCUGUUAAUCUAGAAAUACUUAAAAAAAGUAAAAAUGAAUCAACUAGAUUAAUUGAUUCAAAGCCUUCCAAGUUAAAAAAAUUCUUGAUGUUGUUAAAGAUGAGUAGUUUUGCUAAACUGUUAAGAAACAAAGAUUUCCUUAUUUCAUCUAUGCUUUACGGAUUAUAUACUCUGUUUACUAUUGGUUAUGAAGAAUUAUUUCCAGUCUUUGCUUCUACUUCUAUUGAAUAUGGUGGUCUAGGAAUGUCAACAUCUGAAAUAGGUUUACUUUAUCUAAUUGUUUCGGUAGCAAUGUUCAUUGCACAACUCGUUUUUAUCAACAAGAUGAUUGACAAAUUUGGUUCAAAAAAGAUAUUUAUAUCAUCAUCUCUCAUAUUUGGCUUUUUAAUGCCUUUGAUACCAUUGAUUAGCAUUAUAAAAAACAAAAUUUUUCUUUGGAUUAUCUUGUGGAUUAACCAAGUAUUUGUUCGCAUUGCAAUGAUGUCAGGUUUUACAGCAAUCAAUAUUUUCAUAAACAACUCUGUUGCUUCAGACUUAACUGGUUUAGCUAAUGGUGUUGGGAUGUCUGUUUCGUGUAUAGGGAGAUCUAUAGGACCCGCAAGUUUUGGUAGUCUUUUUACAUGGUCUUUGGCAUAUAAAGGACGGCAGUUUCCAUUUAACCAGUAUUUUUCUUUUCUUUUGAUAUUAGUUGUUACAGUUGCAGUGUCGUUAAUUUCACUUUGUGUUCCUGAAAGCUUAAAUAAAAAGAAAACAGAGUCCACACAAAAAUCGCCUGUUACUGUGACAACCAGUGUUUUUAAACUUUGAUAGUUAUUUUACUUUUUAAUUUAUACACUGUAAAUAAAUGAAAAAAUUUAUUGUAAAUUGUAUAUGAAAAUUUUUUUAAAGCAA